AUGGACUUGAUAAAAAGCGCGAUACCAGAGGAAGACGAUAAAAUCACCGGUUUAAUGGGAAUGAGCCUGGGUCGGUUGUCGUUUGUUAACCAGAUGGGUUUAUCAAAAUUCUCUUAUUGUAUCUCCGGUUCUGACUCUACCGGUGUUUUGGUUCUUGGUGACGUGAGUUUACCUUCGCUUCCAGCUCUCAAAUACACGCCAUUGAUUACUUUCAGGGAUCGGUUACCUUACACUGACCGGUUCGCGUACACGGUCAACUUUGAAAGAAUUAGGGUCGGUUCAAAAUUGCUACCCAUCCCUAAAUCCGAUCUUAUUCGGGACCGUGCCGGAGGAGCCGGUCAGACGAUAUUGGAUUCCGGUACACAGUUUACAUUCCUGCUAGCUCGGGUUUACAACGUCCUAAAAACCGAGUUUACCGAACAAACCAAACCGGUUCUCACUUGCGGCCUGCGGGUAUGGAAAUGUUUGUAA